UUUAUAGAACUCUUUGAAAACUGGUUUGAUACUGUAACGAUCCAGAGUACUGUCACCUCCCCCAUUAAGAUUUAAAAAAAUAAAAGACAGCAGCCACGUAUACACAUACACACAAUGGAAGAAGAAUAAAACAGGCACCUAAUUCACUCCCUCAUUUUUGCAUGCCAAGCAGCUGGAGCAGAUCUGGAAAGAGACCUACUGAGAUGACCGUGCCUAACAUCAGCCACAGUUGCAGUGGUGUUAACAGUGUUUGGUGCAGCAACAGCAGCAACCAGAGACAUGGACAAGAGCAGAAUCUGAGUCCCACUGGCCACCUGAUCACUGCCAUCUGCCUUGGCAUCAUCGGGACCCUGGGCUUCCUCAAUAAUCUCUUGGUCCUGAUACUUUUCUGCCGGAAUAAAGUGCUACGGUCUCCGAUUAACCUGCUGCUGAUGAACAUCUCUGUGAGCGACAUGAUGGUGUGCAUCAUGGGCACCCCGUUCAGCUUUGCCGCCAGCACUCAGGGACGCUGGCUCAUCGGGCCAGGUGGCUGCAUCUGGUACGGCUUCAUCAAUACCCUCUUUGGUACAGUUUCACUUAUAUCUUUGGCUGUGCUCUCUUAUGAACGCUAUUGUACAAUGAUGGGAACUACAGAAGCAGAUGCCACAAACUAUAGGAAAAUAUGGAUGGGAAUCAUCUUGUCAUGGAUGUACUCUUUAUUCUGGACCUUACCACCCCUUUUUGGAUGGAGUAGUUAUGGACCGGAAGGACCAGGGACAACAUGUUCAAUAAACUGGCAUUCAAGGGAUGCUAACAAUAUAUCGUACAUCAUAUGUCUCUUCAUCUUUUGCCUUGUAAUUCCUUUUUUCAUUAUUGUUUACUCUUAUGGGAAGCUGCUAUGUGCUAUAAAGCAGGUAAGUACAUUUUUAAAUAUCCUUUUAAUGUAAACAUGAGCAGAAGCCAACAUACAUUGUCUAAAAUUCAUAGCUAAUGUUCAUUGGUAGGUAUUACAGUGGUAGGCAUCACAAACUUAUGAAGGACACUGAACUGGACACCAAGUCCAUUUUAACUUGAUUUCUUUUUGACAGUGACAUAAGUGCUUUGCUGCAUCAGGGCCUAAGCACAUGGUUAAAUGUCACCGCUUGACUAGUACCGUGGAAGUAGUUUCUUUGCAGCUGAGGAAGAGCAGGGAGGCAGCAGAAUUAGCUCCCUCAGAAGCAAGCACGUUUUACAAAUAGAAAU